GUGAAAAUGAACAGAGACGCAUGACUGGAAAGGGUGGCUUUUGCUGACUUUCGUUUUACGCCAGCGAGUGAAGAACUACUUCCUCCCUCCCUUCUGCCUUCUCCCCUGCCCCCUCUCUCAUCACUCUCAGAUCUCUCCCUCCCCCUCCCUCCUUCCCUUCAUCUCUCUGAAUUCUGCACACCUCGCCGUCCACGCAUUCCGCGCUCGCCCUCGCGGAUCCGGCAGCCCUUUCUUCGCCGUCGUUCUUGCCUCCGCUGUCCUGCUCUCCUGGAGGCUGCUGUUGGGUCACCAGUGGCUGGACUCGACCCCGCGGCCUCCGGGGGGUGGGUUCGCUGGAUGGUUAUCGCCUCCUGAUCCAUCCGGACCCCGGAUCCUCUGCAAAGGCACCGCCUUUGUGGGUUGGGUUCUCUGCGCCCAUGCAGAAGGGUUUGGCGCGUCGGCGGUGAGGCAGGGCUCUGGUUUAGUUCUUGCGUUGGACUAGUCCGGAGAUGCUUCGUGGAACGGGGUACGGGGGCGGCGAUGCGCGGAGGCGGGCACUGCGCUCGUCGCGGCGGCAUCUGCCGGGGUGGAUCUGGUGGCUUCUCGGGAUCUUCCUCCUCGUCGGGCUCAUGCUCUUCGUCCUGCACCACAACCAAAAGGAGCAGUUCCGGCCGCCCGUCGUGAGCACGAGGUUUUGACAUUAUGUGCAGAGUAUGGCUGGGUGGUAGGCUCUUGAGUAUCAGAGUACAAUUUUUUGCCCUAGAUCUUUAUUGCCAUAUUUCAGUAUUGGAUCCUUUGAAGGAUAAUGGUUCAGCGAUCCAGGAAGUCCCUCGUGAAAAAGUGAAUUUCUCAGAAGAACUUUUGAGCAGCACAUCAUUUGCUCGCCAAUUAGUGGAUCAGAUGACUCUAGCAAAGGCAUAUGUCAUCCUUGCAAAAGAGCAAGGUAAUCUUCAGCUUGCAUGGGAGCUUAGUUCACAGAUAAGGAAUUGUCAAAGAUUGCUAUCUGAAGGGGCAGUUAAUGGAAGAGCAAUCACUAAAGAUGAAGCCCAUCCUAUAAUAAGCCGGCUAGCACGGUUAAUAUACAAGGCUCAGGACUCUCACUAUGAUAUCAGCACAACAAUAGUGACAUUGAAGAACCAUGCCUUGGCACUAGAGGAGCGUGCAAAGGCAGCAAUUGUUCAGAGUGCUGAGUUUGGCCAGUUAGCAGCAGAAUCCUUCCCCAAAAAUCUGCACUGUCUAACUGUGAAACUGACAGAGGAGUGGCUUCGGAACCCGAAGCAUAGGAGUCACUCAGAGGAGAACCGGAAUUCCACACGAUUGGUGGAUAAUAAUCUGUACCAUUUCUGUAUAUUCUCUGAUAAUGUGCUGGCCACUUCAGUUGUUGUCAAUUCUACGGUCUCCAAUGCAAAUCAUCCUCAACAGCUUGUGUUUCAUGUGGUCACCGACAGAAUCCAUUUUGGCGCAAUGUCAACUUGGUUCCUCAUAAAUGACUUCAAAGGUUGUACUGUUGAAGUCCGCUGCAUAGAUGAGUUCUCGUGGUUGAAUGCUUCUUCAUCUCCUCUUGUCAGGCAGCUAUCUGAGGCGGAAACUCAGGGUUACUAUUACUCAGCUGGUUCCAAGAAUCCUGAAAGAGAAACAAAAUUCCAUAAUCCAAAGUUUGUUUCUCUACUGAACCAUUUACGUUUCUACAUUCCUCAGAUACUUCCCAACUUGGAGAAGGUGGUGUUUCUUGAUGAUGAUGUUGUGGUGCAAAAGGACCUGACUCAGCUGUUCUCCAUUGAGUUGCAUGGCAAUGUCAUUGGAGCAGUGGAAACCUGUUUGGAGUCGUUUCAUCGAUACAGCAAGUAUCUAAAUUUUUCGCACCCUACCAUCAGCUCCAAGAUUGAUCCACAUACUUGUGGAUGGGCUUUUGGAAUGAACAUUUUUGACUUGAUAGCCUGGAGGAAGGCGAACGCCACAUCGUUGUACCAUUAUUGGCAAGAGCAAAAUUCAGAUCUAUUGCUCUGGAGAACGGGAAUUCUUCCUGCAGGCCUUUUGACAUUUUACGGCCUGGUGGAGCCCCUAGACCGCAGAUGGCAUGUCUUGGGUCUUGGGUAUGAUGUAGACAUAGAUGACCGUUUGAUUGAGAGUGCUGCUGUUGUGCACUAUAACGGAAACAUGAAACCGUGGCUGAAGCUGGCUAUUCGCCGUUACAAGUAUAUAUGGGAGCGGUAUGUGAAUAUCUCACAUCCGUAUGUUAGAGAGUGUAUGUUGCAAUAGAAAGCCUGCAAAUCUCUGUAUGUUCUUGGAUGGUGUUGAAGCUGUUUCCUCACACGAGGCUGCUUUCGAGCACAUUGUAUGAGGGAAAGGUUCAGAGGUAGUAGAAUAUAUACCAGUCAUCAAAGAAGUCAACUGUUAAGUUUCUUUUUCUUUUUGGGUUGGGGGAAGAUUCAUUUUGAGAUGAAAAUAAUUCCUUUGCAGAGUUUACAUACAAAUCUGGACUGGGAAUUUUAGCAGUCUAACCAGAUACAUCUGGAUAGAUAUUGUAAAAGAGAUACAGUUGGAUCAAUGAGCAUUUUUUCUUUGAGAUUUAGGAA